GCGGCAGUGUGGCCGGGCCGUGAGCGCUGGUGUCGGGCGGACAUGGACGUCGGCGAGUUACUCAGCUACCAGCCUGACAGGGGUGCAAAACGUCCUCGUGGUGUUGAUGAAGAUGAUGAAGAUUUAAAAGCAUCGCACAAGUAUGGCUCAGGUAAAAGAAGUUACCAUGAAGAGAGUGGAGUUAUGGUUAAUGACGACGAGGAAGAAGCAGGCAAGAAGAAAAUCCUUGAUUUAAUGGAAAAUGAUGAGGCCGAACCUUUGGAUGAAAGCUCAGUGAAGAAGAUGAUCCUGACAUUUGAAAAAAGGGCCUAUAAAAAUCAGGAACUACGCAUCAAGUUCCCUGAGAACCCAGAGAAGUUCAUGGAGUCAGAGUUGGAUUUAAAUGAUAUUAUACAGGAGAUGCAUGUGAUUGCCACCAUGCCAGACCUGUAUCACUUGCUUGUGGAACUCAAUGCUGUUCAGUCCCUGAUUGGCCUUCUUGGCCAUGAAAACACUGAUGUUUCCAUUGCGGUGGUAGACCUACUGCAGGAGCUUACAGAUAUAGACACCCUACACGAGAGUGAAGAAGGAGCAGAAGUUCUCAUAGAUGCUUUGUUGGAAGGACAAGUGGUAGCACUGCUGGUUCAGAACCUGGAACGAUUGGAUGAGACAGUGAAGGAAGAAGCAGAUGGUGUUCACAAUACAUUAGCUAUUAUAGAGAACUUAGCUGAAUUUCGCCCUGAAAUGUGCACUGAAGCAGCUCAGCAAGGUCUUCUGCAGUGGAUGUUGAAGCGAAUAAAGGCCAAGAUACCUUUCGAUGCCAACAAGCUCUACUGCAGUGAAAUUCUUGCCAUCUUGCUUCAGAAUAAUGAUGUCAACAGGGAACUACUUGGUGACCAGGAAGGGAUUGAUGUGUUGUUGCAGCAGCUAUCAUUGUUCAAACGUCAUAAUCCCAGUACGAACGAGGAGCUCGAGAUGAUGGAGAACCUGUUCGAUAGUCUUUGCUCAUGUCUGAUGUUGAGCUCAAAUAGGGAUCGUUUUCUGAAGGGGGAAGGACUCCAGCUUAUGAACUUAAUGCUCAGGGAAAAGAAGAUGUCUCGAGCCAGUGCUUUAAAGGUGUUGGACCAUGCUGUGAUUGGUCCUGAAGGGUCUGAUAACUGUCACAAGUUUGUAGACAUCCUUGGACUAAGGACAAUAUUUCCCCUUUUUAUGAAAACACCAAAGAAAAUGAAGAAAGCUGGAAUGACAGAAAAAGAACAUGAAGAGCACGUUUGUUCAAUUCUUUCUUCCAUGCUUCGGAAUUUGAAAGGUCAACAGCGAACUCGACUGCUUAACAAAUUCACAGAAAAUGACUGUGAAAAGGUCGAUCGACUGAUGGAGCUGCAUUUUAAAUAUCUGGAAGCUGUGCAGAUAGCUGACAAGAAGAUUGAAGGAGAAAAACAUGAUAUGGUCCGUCAAGGGGAAAUAAUUGAUGAUGAUAUGGAAGAUGAAUUUUAUCUGAGGCGUUUGGAUGCUGGUCUCUUCGUUCUUCAGCUAGUUUGCUACAUUAUGGUGGAGAGCUGCAAUGCUGGAAUCUCUCAGAUAAGGCAGCGUGUGCACCAGAUCCUGAAUAUGCGUGGUGGUUCAACCAAAGUGGUUCGGCAUAUCAUGAGAGAGUACGCAGAAAACAUUGGUGAUGGGAAGAAUGACGAGUUUAAAGAGAGCGAACAGAAAAGAAUCCUUGGCCUCCUUGAAAAUUUCUAAGAUAAAAGAGUGUCAUUUGGGUCGCAAAUGGUUCAAGAAAUAUACAGCAGGCCUUCAGUCUGAAAUGGUCCAGUGCACACACUCUGAUCUGCGUUGUACUUUGAACACUUUCAGUGGAAUCAAUUUUAACAAACUUGUGAGAUGUUCCUCUUUCCCAACAAGAAGGAUGAUGUUAUUGAUGAAGCAGCAUGUUAUUUCAUUGACUAAAGAAUUUAUUGGCUUUCGUUUAUACAAAUAAAGGUGUUUAAAAUGCCA